GCUUUGCUAAUUUCCUCUCUCUCUCUCUGUGCCGCGUCGAAAAAAAAGAAAGAAAUAAACGAAUGAUUAUUAUCAACGAGAAACCCCACAGAGAGAGAAUCUCCUACAGGUGCUGAUCAUUCAUCAUCGAUUCCGAAUUUUUCAUCCUUGGAUCUGUUAUUAUACCUCCUUAGUCACGAAUCACUUCGCUUGUUGUUCAUCCUAAGCCAAGCCUCUGAUCACACACACAAUUUCACGUCUCCACUCCCUCGAAUUGGAACUAGACUUAAAUCGGAACUCUCUCAAGCAUUUAGAUGGCAGAAAAAGCUUGUAUAAAGCGACUUCAAAAGGAAUACAGAGCACUUUGCAAGGAACCAGUCUCGCAUGUUGUUGCGCGUCCUUCCCCAAAUGACAUUCUUGAGUGGCAUUAUGUUCUGGAAGGCAGUGAGGGAACACCUUUUGCAGGAGGAUUUUACUAUGGGAAGAUCAAGUUCCCUCCAGAAUAUCCUUACAAGCCACCUGGAAUCACAAUGACAACACCAAAUGGUCGAUUUGUGACACAAAAGAAAAUCUGCUUGUCUAUGAGUGACUUUCAUCCAGAAAGCUGGAAUCCAAUGUGGUCAGUGUCAAGCAUACUUACUGGACUUCUCUCAUUUAUGAUGGAUAACAGCCCUACAACAGGAAGUGUAAACACUAGUGUAGCCGAUAAACAACAGUUGGCAAAGUCAUCUCUUGCUUUUAAUUGUAAAAAUGCAACGUUCCGGAAACUAUUCCCCGAGUAUGUAGAGAAGUACAGCCAGCAACAAGUAGCUGAAGAGGAAGCAGCCACUCAGCAGAAAACUCCCGAGGAUUCUCCUGAGAGUGAAAAACCGAAAGUCGAAUCAGAUAAAAGUGUUGGUCUUAAAAAGGAAGGCAUUCAAGAAAUGGGAUUGAAAGAGAGGAGAAGGAACAAGAAAGAAGCGCUACCGGGUUGGAUAGUAUUGUUGCUAGUAUCGAUUGUUGGGGUUGUAAUGGCUUUGCCUCUGCUUCAAAUGUGAUAAGAUGCAAUGCAACGCAACCAUGACUGCAAGUCAAUAUGGUAAAGUCUGUUUUAUCAUGCUCUCUCACUCUCUCAGUACUUAAGUAGUAGUGUCUUUUGUUAUCUCCCCUCUCUUAAAAAGUAAACAGAUACAUCGAGUUUGGUGUGGCUUUUGAAAUUACGUAUAAAUAUAAAGUUAGCUUAAUUUGAA